UUGGAGUGUGGGCCUAUUCUUCAGUUCUCCUCAGUCAAGUGGUUUAAUUGUAGGUGUUUAGUGCCCUUUCAGAUUCAGUUCAUGUAGAAGAAUAUGCUGUCUGUGUUUAAAAAACCGUCACAAUAUCCACGUGCCCGACGCCCAUGGGCUGUCAGGGAAAGUCCCACGCUUCAGGAGAAGGGAGAUCUGUUUGGGCUUGCCCGGGGAACGGCCUCCGCUGCCACAUUCUCCUCCAUGAUUCCUCUGGUGUCUGGCAUUACUGAAGUCAUCAUUACCACAUGAAAUGCUCCCAGUAUUACAGAAACAAGCUGAUUCAUGAGUGUGUUGACAUUUAAUGCAUCAUAAUUAAUUUUUAAAUGUAUAGGCCUACAUGUUUAUGUGAGAAAAGCUCGAUUUAGAGAUGUGUACUGGUGUCAAACAAACAUCUAUGCUUAAAUAAACGUUUAUAUAUUUAUAUUUAUUGUGUAGGCUACUUCAUUUACGAAUCUGGAUCAUAUUAAUCAUGGCAGAUUAAUGACAUUUCUGCAAUCUCGGAAACUGUCAAUGUACAUGAUCAUGGAAAAAAACGAUUCCUCUAUUUCCAUUUUAGAUCCCAUUUAGGUUUAUCGUUCACUAUCACCUUAAUGACUCUGCCAUAAUGUGGGUGGAGUAGCUGCCUGCCUCUUAAAUAUUGAUAGGAGUCUUACAUCUCUGACAUCUGCUGUCCACAAGGAUCACAUUGUUCGGUAGUGACCAUAUGCUGCGCUGAGUUAACUCAAUCUCGCAGGAGGUGAAACAUUAAUUUUCUCUGAAGGCUUCGCUGGAAAAGAUCAUUCGGAUUUUCUACGGAAGUAAGAACACAUUCUCAAAAAUAAACAGUCUACAUUCGGCGGAAAGAGACUCAACCGCAACUCCUCACCAGAAGCGAUGGAACAUUUCCUGUACACGCGCCAGAACCAGCUGGACCCAGAGCAGCUGUUCACCAAACUGGAGCGUGUUGGGAAGGGCUCCUUCGGGGAGGUCUACAAGGGCAUCAACAGCCUCACUCAGGAGGUGGUGGCCAUCAAGAUCAUCGACCUGGAGGAGGCAGAGGACGAGAUCGAGGACAUUCAGCAGGAGAUCACCAUCCUGGGCGAGUGUGACAGCCCCCACGUCACCAAGUACUAUGCUUCCUACAUCAAGGGAACCAAGCUGUGGAUCAUCAUGGAAUACCUGGGAGGAGGUUCUGCUCUGGACAUGCUGAGGCCGGGGCCCCUGGCGGAGGCUUACAUAGCCACCAUCGUGAGAGAGAUCCUGAGAGGGCUGGACUACCUGCACAGUGAGAAGAAGAUCCACAGGGACAUCAAAGCGGCCAACGUGCUGCUGUCGGAGCAGGGGGACGUGAAGCUGGCAGACUUCGGCGUGGCGGGUCAGCUGACCAGCACCCAGAUCAAGAGGAACACGUUCGUGGGCACGCCCUUCUGGAUGGCUCCGGAGGUCAUCCAGCAGACAGACUACGACUUCAAGGCUGACAUCUGGUCUCUGGGAAUCACAGCCAUCGAGCUGGCCACAGGGGAGCCCCCACACUCAGAGCUGCACCCCAUGAGAGUGCUCUUCCUCAUUCCCAAGAGUCCCGCCCCGUCCCUGCCGGGAGCCCACAGCAGAGCCUUCAGAGACUUCGUGGAGGCUUGCCUCAACAAGGACCCCAGAUUCCGGCCCACAGCCAAGCAGCUGCUGAAACACAGGUUCCUGACGCGCUUCACCAAGAAGACGUCCCACCUGACAGAGCUGAUCGACAGGCACCGCCACUGGAGGGCACGCGUCCCUGACAACACCUCCAGCUCCGAUGACUCAGACACGGAGGCUGAUGGAGGUGAGGGAGAUCAGGACCCUACCUGGACAUUCCCCACAGUCAGACAGCGACCCCGCUCCACCCCCAAGCAGAAACACCUGCAACACUCCGAGCAGGUGAGACCUUCCACAGCAGAGGCAGGGAGACAAGCACAGGCGGCAACGUCAGACAUCACACCCAUCCUGCAACAGCUGCAGCAGGGCGGGGCUGGAGGGCGAGGCUGGGGGGCUGUGGGGGAGCUGCAGCAGGCCAUCUCCCUGGCUGAAGAGUCGUGUCCAGGCAUGUCAGACCGCAUGCUGGCCCACGUCUUGGAGAGAGUGUGCAGGUUCUCGUCGAAUGGCAUCAGGUAUGACUUGUCACAGUAAAGGCUGUCCUCACCAGCGCCCCCCUCUGGUAGAGAGCUGCGUAGACAGGAUGUCUCCUCCACUCUGCCCCUCGAGUGAUGCUGAACCUUCAUCCCAGGCCGCCUGACCACCCUCAGACACACAAGCUCACCCCAGCGGUCCUCAGGGAAUAAUCAGCGCUGACGAUAUUGCAUGACAUGAUUCUUAAUGUUGUACAGGGAAACACCACUUGGUGGAGUGUGUACGUACAGCAAGACGGCCAUCUUUAAGCUGCUCUGAAAUCAAGAGACAAAAUCGAGGAGCUAGAACUGUUGUUUAUAUUGUUUCCAUUUUAUUUGUUACUUUUGAUGCAAUAACAUGAGACUACAGGCAAGCCUCUCUGGGCCUUCAGACACACUACACAAUAAAUAGAGUUACACACUGUACAGCAGAGGCCAGGUGUGUGUGUGAGAGAGAGAGAAAGAGAGACAGAGAUACGGCAGGAGUAGGGUUUAGAGGUGCCCUCUAGAGAGAUAGAGGGAGAGAGAGAGAGAAAAUUCCAGUACUCAUAAAAAAGAUAACAAAACCAUAGACCAAUGUAGUGUGUGUGUGUGUGUGUGUGCGCGUGUGAGACAUCAGUCAUGUCAGUAUGUGCUCAGUUAAUGAAAUACAGCAAGACAUAACCGUGUACAGUUCUCCAGUUCCUCCUCCAGUCUCCAGCCCUGUUAGAUCACCUGGUCCAGACCGCAGGGUUAACACAGCCUGACUCACCUACGUAAAAGUAACUAAAAGAAUAAAUGGUUUUAAUAAAGAUAACCCUGAUGAACUAAUAGCUUGUACCUCUAAACCGUCAGCCCAGCAGACCACAUGAUAGUAUUCACGAGGGCUGUAGCCACACUUGACAUUUCUAGUCCCCCAACUCCAGAACCAGCGAGACAGGAGACACAGUGAUGCUCCCUUCCCUAUCUUUCUUUGAAAGAGUAACUGGAUGCAAAUGAUGUCUGUGUUUGACCAAUGAGAAGAGGUCAUGGUUUGAGAGCGGGCUGAUUGAACUAAGGUAUUUAUUGUGAAUAGAACAUCCACAAACACAGGAAGUCCCAAACAAAGGAAGUUAGCAACAGUAGCAGAAAUUUGCUUUCUCCAAAUAACUGAGUGAAAAAUAUCCCAAAAACUAAUCAGGUUGGACAUUUCAGUGAAGAAAAAAAAAAGAAGUAACAAAAUGUGGUUGUUCAACAAUGGGAUACCUUAUUCUCCAAAAGUAAUAAUAAAAAAGAAAAUAAAUCUGCUUCAGUGUU